CCUUUUUCCAUUCAUUCUCAACACACUCACAACAAAAACGAGUGUUUGAACGUUUCAACUUUUCCAUCGCCGCCUUCUUCCUCUUCUUCACCGGAGCAACCAAUCUUUGUAUGGCAGUAUCUUUUCUGACACAUGAGUUAUCUGAACUCUGUCUCGGUAAGCCGCCGUUGAAGUCCAUUUCAACAUCGGCUACCGUCGUCGAGGCAAUUGAAGUCCUCCGAAACUCCGACGAAAGUUUCGUCAGUGUUUGGAACUGUGACCACUCUGAAUUUGGUCGUUGUGAAUGUGUUGGAAAAAUUUGUAUGGUUGAUGUUAUUCUUUUUCUUUGUAAAGAGGAAAAUCUUUUGUGUCCUUCUUCUGCUCUUAAGGCUUCCAUUGCUCAUGUUUUGUCUAAGGCUAAUGCUCUUGUUGUCCAUCUAGAACCUUCUUCUAGCUUGUUGGAAGCCAUUGAUCUGAUACUCCAGGGAGCACAGAAUAUUGUGGUGCCAAUUUUGCAAACAAAAAGAAGCGGCGUUUCAAGGAGAAAACAACUGCUGAAAUCAUCAACAAUCAAUAGCCAUAACGGUGCUGAAUUCUGCUGGUUAACACAAGAGGACGUGAUCAGGUUCCUGCUUGGUUCCAUCGGCCUCUUCACUCCACUCCCUGCAUGCUCCAUCGAUGCUCUCGAUAUCAUCAGCUCUGAUGUGCUCGCCAUUGAUUACUAUUCCCCUGCAUCUUCGGCUGUUGAAGCCAUCUCAAAGUCCCUCGCACAACAGACAUCUGUUGCAGUUGUCGACAGUGAUGGGGAAUUCAUUGGUGAGAUAUCCCCUUUCACACUUGCUUGUUGUGAUGAGACGGUUGCGGCCGCGAUCACAACUUUGUCUGCAGGGGACUUGAUGGCCUACAUUGACUGUGGUGGCCCACCAGAAGAUCUAGUGAGACUUGUCAAGGCAAGGUUGAAUGAGAAGAAUUUGGAAAAAUUGCUGCAAGAGUUUACAAUUUUGACUUCCUUGACUGGUGAUGUGUCAGCUUCCUCUUCCUCUGAUGAGGAUAGUCCGUCGAGGACUUCGGCGAGGUCGGGAAAAUAUGCAAGGUCAUCAAGCUACUCAGCUAGAUAUGUGAGGAAGGCAGAGGCUAUUGUGUGUCAUCCCAAGAGCUCCUUGAUUGCUGUGAUGAUUCAAGCAAUUGCUCAUAGAGUUAACUACCUGUGGGUUAUUGAAGAUGAUUGCAGCUUAGUUGGCAUUGUUACUUUUUCUAAUAUCUUGAAGGUGUUCAGAGAACAUUUAGAAACAAUUUAGAUGUUUAGGGCUUAGGAUAAAUGUGACAAUGGUUUUGGUUUGGAUGUUCAUAGGGAAUCAUGAAACUUGGCUUGUUAAUGUGGUCAUUCUGUUACAUUCUGUUAUGAAUAAUUGCAAUGUGAAUGUGAAUGUGACUAAUGAGGCUUGAUCUUUGUUUUGCUUUAUUUGAGUGUGUGCUUCAAUUCUAAUAAAUUUCUCUUUGAUGCA